CCUGCCCCGCGCCCGGGAGCGGAGGAGAGUAAAUACAACAGGAGCGCAAAAUGGCGGACCCGCCGAGCCCAGUGGACGGCGCUGCUGCCGCCGCCGCAGCCGCUGUCGCCUCGGAGAAAGAACCGUUUGGCAAAUUGCAGCCCUCCUUCCGGGAUCCACCGGGUCCUCUGUCGGCCAAGAAGGUCCGUACUGAGGAGAAGAAGGCGCCACGGAGACUGAACGGAGAGGGGGGCAGCGGCGGGAACAGCAGGCAGCUGCAGCCGCUGGCGGCACCUUCGCCUCAGAGCUAUGGCAGCCCCGCGUCUUGGAGCUUUCCCGGGCUGUCUGCUGUCCCCUCCUCGUCCUCUGCUCGGAGCAGUUUCUCUUUUUCCGCUGGCUCGGCGGUCCCUUCCUCAGCCUCCGCUUCCUCGUCUCAGCCGGUGCCGCGCAAACUGCUGGUCCCUCCUACGCUGCUGCACGCUCAGCCUCACCAUCUCUUGCUGCCGGCCGCCGCCUCCUCGGCCAACGCCAAGCCGCGGCGACCUAAGGAGAAGCGAGAGAAGGAAAGGAGGAGGCACGGCCUUGGCGGGGCAGGCGAGGCCGGCGGGGCCGCCCGGGAGGAGAACGGGGACGUGAAGCCGCUGCCGCGAGAUAAAAUCAAAGACAAAAUUAAAGAGCGAGAUAAGGAAAAAGAGAGAGAGAAGAAAAAGCAUAAAGUAAUGAAUGAGAUCAAGAAAGAAAAUGGAGAAGUAAAAAUUUUGCUGAAAAGUGGGAAGGAGAAACCAAAAACAAAUGCCGACGACUUACAAAUUAAAAAAGUAAAGAAGAAAAAGAAAAAGAAACAUAAAGAGAAUGAAAAACGGAAGCGUCCAAAAAUGUAUAGCAAAUCUAUUCAAACCAUCUGCUCAGGAUUGCUAUCUGAUGUUGAAGAUCAAGAAGCCAAAGGCAUCCUAAAUGAUAAUAUAAAGGAUUACAGUGGAAAGAGUUUGGAUAGCAAGAACUAUGAGUCCAAAAUUCCUGAGAAUAGUGAGUUUCCAUUUGUCUCAUUAAAGGAGCCACGGGUUCAGAAUAACCUCAAAAGGUUGGACACUUUGGAGUUCAAGCAGCUCAUUCAUAUUGAGCACCAGCCUAAUGGAGGUGCAAGCGUUAUCCAUGCCUACAGUAGUGAACUCUCCCACCUGUCUCCUGUGGAGAUGAAGAGGUUUGCAGAAGAGUUUGUGGAUCUAGUGUUCAGUGAAAAUGAAAACUCUGCAGCUUUCUAUGUAAUGGGUAUUGUUCAUGGGGCAGCUACUUACUUACCUGACUUUUUAGACUACUUUUCAUUUAAUUUUCCCAAUUCGCCAGUGAAAAUGGAGAUAUUAGGAAAGAAGGAUAUAGAAACGACGACUAUGUCCAAUUUUCAUGCUCAGGUAAAAAGAACAUAUUCUCACGGUACUUACAGAGCUGGCCCAAUGCGACAGAUCAGCUUGGUGGGAGCAGUUGAUGAAGAAGUGGGAGAUUACUUCCCUGAGUUCCUUGACAUGUUGGAAGAUUCACCAUUUUUAAAAUGUACACUGCCAUGGGGGACACUAUCUAGUCUAAAAUUAGAGAGUCGAAAAGACAGUGAUGAUGGUCCCAUCAUGUGGGUACGCCCAGGAGAACAAAUGAUCCCUGUGGCUGAUAUGCCAAAGUCACCUUUCAAAAGGAAAAGAACUACCAAUGAAAUAAAAAACCUGCAGUACCUACCUCGAACCAGUGAGCCCCGUGAGAUGCUCUUUGAAGACAGGACAAGAGCCCAUGCAGAUCAUAUAGGACAAGGUUUUGAACGACAGACUACAGCUGCUGUUGGAGUGUUGAAGGCCGUGCACUGUGGAGAGUGGCCUGCUCAACCCCGAAUAACCAAAGAUGUAAUUUGUUUUCAUGCUGAAGAUUUCUUAGAAGUAGUUCAACGAAUGCAGUUAGAUUUACAUGAACCUCCACUGUCCCAGUGCGUCCAGUGGGUUGAUGAUGCAAAACUUAAUCAACUGAGGAGGGAAGGCAUCCGCUAUGCCAGGAUUCAGCUGUAUGAUAAUGACAUUUAUUUUAUUCCAAGGAAUGUUGUUCAUCAGUUUAAGACAGUUUCAGCAGUGUGCAGUUUAGCAUGGCACGUUCGACUCAAAUUAUAUCACUCAGAGGAGGAGACUGCUCAGAAUACAGCUACUCAUGAAACAGGCACAUCACCAGAAUCCACAUCAUCAGUUCUUGGACCUCACACGGACCACGUGGUUUGUGCUGUAAGCAAAACCUCCUUGGAUUCUAAUUUUUCAGACAGACUUCAUUCUAAAUCUGAAUUACAGCAGAUUAAACAUGAACCUAUUGCAUCUGUAAGAAUCAAGGAAGAACCUGUGAAUGUUUAUAUUCCUGAAAAGACUAGAGCACCGAAUAAUAUGGAUGGCAAGAAUGUUAAAGCAAAAUUGGAUCAUGUUCAAUUUACAGAAUUUAAGAUUGACAAGGACUCUAAAUUUGAAAACAGCAACAGAGAUUUAAAGGAAGAAUUGUGCCCUGGAAGUCUCUUAAGUCUAGUUGAUACAAGGCAACACAGUUCAGCACAUUCAAAUCAAGAUAGAAAAGAUGAUGACAUUCUGUGCUAAAUUUGUACAUACCAUUUAAAAUUCUUUUUUUUUUUUUAAAGUUAAUAAUGUAAUAAAGAUUCAUGAAUUCUGAAAGCAAGCCAAGUACUUGCUCCCAAGUCUGUUACAAAAUAGAGUUUAUGUAGCUUUGUAACAUUCCUCAGUGCCUGUCCAUAACUGUGAAGGAUCAAAGCACUUAGGGCCAGAUGCACUGUAAACAUAACAGGUUUAAACAAAAGGAGUCUUUAAGAAUCAUUUGAUUUGGAAUUGUAGGUUUUAGAAUAGAGCUGACAUUAACAUAUAUAUAUAUAUAUAUAUAUAUACAUAUAUAUAUAUUUUGUAAUAUGAGCCAGAAUUCUUUUUUGACAAUUUAAGGCUUUUCCAUAGAGCUUAUUUAUACCAAUUUUUUUUUUCAUUUUAAUGUGUCAGCACUGUAGUGUAAAUAGCUUUUUAAAAAUCUUUUUAGUGUGAUUUAUACGGAAAUGUGAGCCACUUAAUAAAGGUUCAUGAUAAUAAAUAGUUUUCUGUUGGGUCUGCAAAAAGACAAACUGACAAUUCAGUUAAAUCAUUUAUUUGGUCUGUUAUGUUUCUGCUGGUGUAUCCAUUUAGAGUGGUAAUGGAGUGCAAAUGUACGUAUUCGAAUCUAGUGAAUAUUUAAAUUCCCCACACUGUGUAGGCAUUUUUAAAACCAAGAUUCAGUUAUGAAAGCAUAUUUAUAUAUGUGUGUGUAUGUAUGGGAAUAUAUAUAGAUAUGUAUAUCAUAUUUUGCAUAACUUCUUAAAUUGCUGAAUAAGAUGAGUAUGUGAAUCUUCCUAGCCUCACUCCCUGGAAUACAUUUUAAAAUAUUUAUAUUCAACAUUCAGAAAGCAGUUUAGGUAAUAGAAGCAGUUUUAUAAAGUUGGGAGAAACAAGGUCUGUUAGUGGUAUUUAACUCUUAUAACUCAUGAAGCUACAUGGUCAGAUUACAUAGCCCUAACGUAAGUCGUCUCUAUAGUGCUUGGAAUGAGAAAAAGUUGAGAAUUUUCUUACUAAUAAGCACCUGUACUAUAUUUAAUAGUAGCUUAGUAAAAAUCUGUAGUUACAGAAUGUUCAGUUGUGAGCAGUUAAAAUCCUCUUUUAAAUUUUUCUCGCAGAACAGGAGGAAAGUAUGACAAAUACAAAAUCUUAAGGGCCAUGAUUCAACUGCCAUAUACAGAGAUAUAACUAACAAAAUAAGUUGUGUUACCUCAUUUUUCUAAGGAUCCUUCUCCCUACCCUGGCAAGGUAAAAAACUCAGAGUACUGUUUUGUUUUGUUUAAAAAAAAAAAAAAGCUCUGGAAAGUAAAAUUAGGAUAGGAAACAGGAUUCCCAGUGCCUAGCUAAAGAUUAAAACAAACCUCUUCAGUGACAGACUUCAGCACUAUUUGAGACUGCUUCCACUACUGUAAUUAAAAGGCAAACAGAUGUUUUUAAUGUAUCCUUUGAUAACAGAAACUCUGCUCAUUGGACAUUUAUUUAUCUUUGGUAUUUUUCUGGGCUCAUACUUUGGUUGAUGACUUUUAACUGAGAUUCUUUGUGCUGUCUUUGGUUUAGUGUUGCUGUUGAAAUUGAAAUUGUUUCUGCUCCAGCCUCAUUUGUGGUACCCAUAAAACUGCUUAUCUUUAUGGUUAGGAAGAAGCCACUUAAGAAGCAUUUCACCAGAAAAGAUCAGUUGCAGCAGUGAGGUCAUUUCUGGCCCACAGUUUAAAAGGGUUAGGCAAAUACUGUAGGAAAUCUCAUUGGUUUAUAGGAAAUCAAUAUAUUUGCAAUAUAGGAAUUUUCAUGGGAUAAGGAAGGUAUAAAUCAUAUUGUAAAUAGGGAUUUGGUUUUAUAUGUUACGGUCUUAGUCUGCUCCUCACCACUUUAAUCUUCUCUUUUAAGCUAAAUUUAUCAUUUGCAUCUACCUUUUGGGGAAAAAGUUCGUAACAAACCAGUAUUGAGAAACAGGAGAGCAUGUGGUUAAUGUUUCCUUUUUUUAAAAUUGAAGGGCGAUAUAUUUAACAAUAUUUUAGUUUUCCAGUAGUAUACACAUAGAUGCACGAGAUCAUACAGUAAUAAAAUGUCUUUAGGGUAUCCCUCCAAAAUAUUUUGAGCCUUAAACUUUUAACUAAAAGAUGUAUCUAAAACAACCACAGUGGUUGCUUUUAGGUAUAGUUCCUUAUAUAACCAGUACUCAAAACUUCUCCAUAUUCUGAAAAUUCAAUGUUUUGUAAAAUGCAUUUUUACAUUUGACAAAAUGUAUGCAUUUAGCAAUAUAAAUAUAUGAAAUAUAAAUCAGUGGGCUCAGGAUUUCAAGAUACAGCUUUGUCACCUUGAAUAAGGUAAUAUCCCUUGUCUUAUGGGUUAUAAUUUUAAAAUCCUCUUCAGAUGCAAUCUAAGAACCUGCUGAUUACCUUUGUUAAACACAGAUAAUUUCUAUUUCAAUAUUGCAUUAUAUUAAAGGUUUCCUAGUUACUACAUUCCAGUUCUUUAUCUGAACGUAAGUUUUUUUGUUGAUAUUUCUAAUUUCUUGGACCAGAACGAUAAAGCACUUGAGAUGUAGUUUCUGUAUGAUCUUAUGCUAAAUAAACAGUCAUCAUGUAAAUUAUUAAACUGAUACACAGACCUUUAAAAAAAACUAAGGUACCUCAGUGGUGUCUGCUACAGUGUUUGCUUUUUGUUUUUUGUUUCUUUUUAAUUAUUUUGAUUCAUACCCUUUAGCUAUGGAAGAAGUAGAAUCUUUUCCAUUCUCAGGUUAGCUGGUUAGCUAGCAAAAGAAUUAAGCAUUUGUGAUAUUUAGUUGAAAACUUGACUGAAGCCAUAUUCAUUAUCUCCCUUGUCCUGAAGGCUGCUGACCUUAAAUAAAAAUUAGGUUGAUCUGGCACAACACUCCGUGUAUGUGUGUGUGUGUGUGUACACGCACGUGAGAGAGAUUAUUGGAAAUACUUUGUUUAUUCCCAUAUAGACUCAUUUUCAAUCCAUUCUAUAAUGGGAGGGAGGGGUCCAGAAAGGGUAGGACAAAUUUUAUUUCUUGUGUUAUGUCUUCAAGGUAUUUCAUUAGUGUUCCUGAGUGUGAAAUGGUUUUUUUCCCCAAAUACUUCUUGCGGGUGAGAUCAUUUUUGUAAAUAAUAGAUUAGCACUGUUUUGGUAAAUUUGCAUUCAGUUAUUUUGUUGGACAAGUUUAUUGUCAUGUAAAGCAAAUAUCUAAAAAUUCAUUUUACAUUUAGCAGAGAUACAGGAUUUGUUUUUAGAGUUUGAGAGGAAUUUUCCUUGUCUUCCACCUUCAAUAAAUACUAAAAUUGAUAACUGUAAUCUUUUUACCUUUGUUUUGUAUUAUUUUCUUACAUUUGACAUUUUAUUUUCAUCUCGUCUUUAAAAGUUCUUGUUUCUGUCUUCAACUGAAACCGUAAGACCUUGAAAGUGAUUUCGAUCUGAAAGUCUUUUUUCUCUUAAAAAUUAUGAGAAGUUGACUCAUAUACCAGCCUAGAAUAUUGAGGAUUACCUAAAGCAAGGCUGUUAAACUAGUUUGGUGUGGGUGCUGAGAUCACAUGCCAAGUCACUUCCCUUCCCUCUAGACAGGACUAUUUCUGUCCCAGGAGGGGAAGACAAAAGUGCAUUGUUUUCAAAAUAACUUUUAAGCUGGUAAAAAGUGACAUGAUGGAUUUUAGGUCUUCAGAGUGAUAGAAGAGCUCUUGACUAUUAAUCUUCCACCCGAUGUAACUACGUUGAUAUGUAAAGAGAAUUUUACUGGUUUUAGAAUGCUUUGUCUAUUUCAUGAAAGAGUUAUGUUUGACAUGUUUGGCUCUGACAGUGUACCUCAGAUAAAAUAAUUAAAAGGAUAACUCGAAAGAAGUAUAAAUUUCUCUCUCUGCUCUGGCUUUUCUCUCUUUAACAUACUGCAUAUUGCAGAUGGAAACCCAUUGCUUUUUAGAAUGUCAACACAAGAGGCUAAAAGCAGAGAUGCCUUUUGUUCUUUAAGUUUAUAGAUGUUGUAUGUCAUAUCUCUACUGGGAGAUCAGGGAAAGGAGGGGAUAACAUCUUGCAUUUCAGAUUAUCUUCCCUCUAGGACUAUAGACCUAAUCAGGGCGUGUGAAUGAGCUGAGAAUAUAAAUGUGGGCAAAUGUAAUUUAUGUUAAUUAGAAAUUAAAAGUAAAAUUAAAACAUACUACUUAUAUUUGCCUUCCAAGACUACACUCUUAAAAUACGUCUGGAUCCUUCCACAUAUUUUGAAAUUUAGAAUUUAUGCAUCUGUUUUUUUAAAAUGUCAUAUCUGUAUGCUUCCCUAUAAAUUCUUUGCUUUGGUACUAUUGAAGACUACAAACAGGCAGAUUCAGAGACAAGUCAGCAUAUUUGCAAAUUAUUUUGCAUAAUAUGGUGCUUAAAAGUUUUAUUUGGACUGGCAGUUCCACAUCCUCCCUCUACCCAAGUUUCUUCUUUGAAAUUUUGUUUUUGUUUUUAACUGAGCCAGACAUUUAUAUGAAAAAUCAUGAGUCUUUCUU